AGCAACAGCGGCUAGCCUCAGACGACACAGAGGUAGCUAGCAGGUUAGCCGCGCCGCUAAUCAUGGUGAAUGUAAAGAAACGGAAAGGUCGAGUCGUGAUUGACUCUGACUCGGAGGACAGUGCUAGCGACGAUAAUUUAGAUCAGGAACUCUUGUCGUUGGCGAAGAGGAAGAGGGUUGAUUCGGGUGAUCAGGAAGAGCAGCCGGUUAGCAAACCUGCAGCUUCUACAGACUCAGAGACAUCAGACAGUGAUGAUGAGUGGACUGUGGGUGGCACCAAAGGCAAAAAGAAGGUUAAGCCAGGGAAAGGGUCUGAGAAGAAGAAUGCCACAAAGAAGAAGGUGAAUAAAGCGACGGCGUCAGGCAGCUCAGAUGGAGACAGCUCAGCUGAGAGCUCUGCACCAGAGGAGGGUGAGGUGUCUGAUUCUGAGAGCAAUAGCUCGUCCUCCAGCUCCGACUCGGACUCCUCCGAGGACGAGGUGUUCAGGGACGGCUACGACGACGACUUGAUGGGAGACGCGGAGGACAGGGCUCGCCUGGAGCAGAUGACGGAGAAGGAGAGAGAGCAAGAGCUGUUCAACCGAAUUGAGAAGAGAGAGGUGCUAAAGAGACGUUUUGAAAUCAAGAAAAAGCUGAAGACGGCAAAGAAGAAGGAGAAAGAGGAGAAGAAGAAGAAGCAGGAGGAAGAGCAAGAAAAAAGGAAGCAAUCUCAGGUUCAAGACACACAAGUGGUCAUGUCACACAACAAGGAGAGACGAUCCAAACGCGACGAAAAACUUGACAAAAAAUCCCAGGCCAUGGAAGAGCUCAAAGCUGAACGUGAGAAGAAGAAAAACAAAACAGCUGAACUUCUCGCCAAACGUCAACCCCUGAAGACGAGUGAGGUUUACUCUGACGAUGAGGAAGAGGAGGAGGAAGAUGACGACAAGUCAUCAGUCAAAAGUGACCGCAGCUCCCGUUCAUCGUCUUAUGAUGACGACGAAAAAGAAGAAACUCCACCAAAGUCGCAGCCGGUUUCGUUACCAGAUGAGCUCAACAGGAUCCGGCUGUCCAGACACAAGCUGGAGCGCUGGUGCCACAUGCCCUUCUUUGCUAAGACUGUGACUGGCUGCUUUGUGAGGAUAGGGAUCGGGAACAGCAGCAGUAAACCAGUUUACAGGGUUGCUGAAAUUGUGGAUGUGGUGGAAACGGCAAAAGUUUACCAACUUGGAUCAACACGAACAAACAAGGGAUUACAAUUAAGGCACGGCGGUGACACACGGGUGUUCAGGCUAGAGUUUGUAUCGAAUCAGGAGUUUAUGGAAAACGAGUUCAUGAAGUGGAAAGAAGCCAUGGUUGUUGCUGGAAUGCAAGUACCGACUCUUGACGAAAUCACCAAAAAGGAGCAGUCCAUCAAAGAAGCUCUUAACUACAAGUUCAAUGACAAAGACAUAGAAGAUAUUGUCAAAGAGAAGGACAGAUUCCGAAAAGCGCCACCCAAUUAUGCCAUGAAGAAAACGCAGUUACUCAAAGAUAAGGCCAUGGCUGAAGAGAGUGGAGAUGGCGACAAAGUCAAAGUGAUUCAGGAUGAGCUGAACGAGCUUGAGGAAAGAGCAGAAGCACUUGACAGACAGAGAACCAAGAACAUCUCUGCCAUCAGCUACAUCAAUCAGAGGAACAGAAGCUGGAACAUCGUUGAAUCUGAGAAAGCUCUUGUGGCUGAAGGACAAAAUUCUAAAAACCAACAGAUGGACCCUUUCACAAGAAGACAGUGCAAACCCACCAUGGUGUCAAAUGCCAGAGACCCGUCAGUCCACGCAGCUAUUCUCGCUCAUCUGAACCAGAAGUACGGCUCUGGGUCAGCACAAGAUCCUUCUGGUGGAGAGAAGAACAAACUGGGUCAAGCGAACCCAAAAGACAAAGAUGUCCCCAAGCCAACCACUGACCUCUCAGAAGACUUGUUUAAAGUUCAUGAUUUUGACGUUAAGAUCGACCUACAGGUUCCCAACGCAGAGGCAAAGUCUCUCUCCGUGAGCUCCAACGCGCUGCCGGUGAAGGACGGCGCUCCCCGCAGGUCCCUCAACCUGGAAGACUACAAGAAGAGGAGGGGGCUGAUCUGAUGUGGUCGUCCGUCUUUCAGAAACCACAUUGCAUGAGUAAUUGGCUGCGCAGAGAGAGAGAGAGUGUGUCUGUGUGUCUGUCUGUCUGUCUGUGUGUGUGUGUGUGUGUGUGUGUGUGUGU